GACGAACAUAAACAGAGUCGCGUCUAAUUGUCAUCGACCCAGCGACUUUUGGUUAUGUCAUCAAAACGCGCCGUACAGACAGCUCUUUAAGCGUGACAGGGUUUGACUGCAGUCUCCAAAAAUGUCCCGUCGAUAUGAUUCACGAACAACCAUUUUCUCACCAGAGGGGCGUCUGUAUCAGGUCGAGUAUGCCAUGGAAGCCAUCGGCCACGCUGGCACCUGCCUGGGAAUUUUAGCCAAUGACGGAGUGCUGCUGGCUGCUGAGCGGAGGAACAUUCACAAGCUGCUGGAUGAAGUGUUUUUCUCAGAGAAAAUCUACAAGCUGAAUGAAGACAUGGCGUGCAGCGUGGCAGGAAUCACAUCAGAUGCCAACGUACUGACCAAUGAGCUGAGGCUCAUAGCCCAGAGGUAUCUGUUGCAGUACCAGGAGCCAAUCCCCUGCGAGCAGCUGGUCACAGCGUUGUGUGACAUCAAACAGGCCUACACCCAAUUUGGAGGUAAGCGCCCCUUUGGAGUCUCGCUGCUCUACAUGGGUUGGGAUAAACACUACGGCUUCCAGCUCUACCAGAGCGACCCCAGUGGGAACUACGGAGGCUGGAAGGCCACUUGCAUCGGAAACAACAGUGCUGCAGCUGUCUCCAUGCUGAAGCAGGACUUCAAGGAGGGGGAGAUGACACUUUCCUCAGCGCUUGCUCUUGCCAUUAAAGUUCUUAAUAAAACCAUGGACGUCAGCAAGCUGUCUGCAGAGAAAGUGGAGAUCGCCACUCUGACCCGCGAGAACGGGAAGACCUGCAUCAAAGUGCUGAAGCUGAAGGAAGUCGAGGAGCUGAUCAAGAAGCACGAAGUGGAGGAGGCCAAAGCUGAGAAAGACAAGAAAGACAAGGAACAGAAGGAGAAGGACAAGUAGUGUCGCUGUUUUGUGUGUGUGAGGAAAAAUGUGAGCUUGUGAGUGUGGAUGUAAAAGUCUUCAGGUGUGUUUCAUUUGUGCUGUUUGUUAAAAUAAAUCCAAAUGAUGAACUAUUGA